AUGAAAACUACAUCCAUUUUCACCGCUAUAACUCUAUCAUCCACCAUCUGGGCCGAUCCUUUCCCAGACGAAGUGCACCUUCUCCACCCCCGCGACCUAGCAACAGUCCAACAAGUCAUCCAGUCUGUCAGCACGUCCCUAACCCAACUAGAUACAACCGUCAAAGCCUUUGAUGGUAGCAACUUGAAUCAACUCACCACCGACGCCUCGGCCCUAGUCGACACACUCAAGCAAGGCAUCACCAAAGUGCAAGGCACUACUCCUCUCACCCUCCAAGACGCCCUGUCCCUUCAAAGCACCGUCACUGAUCUUCAGACGAAGGGGCAGACACUGCUGGAUUCACUCACGGCCAAGAAAUCUCAGAUUGAGAAGGCGGGUCUGUGUACUGUGGUACAGACUAACCUGAAGGAUGUGAGCGACCAGAGCAAGGCGUUGAUAGAUGCGGUGGUGCAGAAGGUGCCGCAGGAGGCGCAGACAAUAGCGGGAAAUUUGGCGAGUGGGGUUACAAGCACGUUGCAGGGUGGGCAGGCAUCCUUUGGGCAGGGAAACUGUACGAAUGCCGCAGGGGCGGCAGGGGCGGGAGGUGGUGGCGGUGGUGGCGGAGGGGGGAUGCCUACGCCCGUGAGGGGCGGCGGCGGUGGUGGUGACGCAGGAGGUAUGAAUCAGAUGACGCCUCGGCCUCCUGUCGUGACGGCAGCUGCUGCGGUAAAUUCGAGGGCUCCCGUGGCUGCGGUCGCGGGAUUGAUUGCUGCGUUGCUAUGGUGA